AUAAAACUUGUGACUCUGUGACACUAGUAAAUAAAAAGUUAUAAAUCAAGGGGAAGAUGUGAUCUACCAGCAUUUACUGAUAGCUUGACUACGGGUCUUAAUCAGUUAUGGACUGGAGGCCAGAAUGGACAGGAGGAUGGCGAAAUUGGAUUCGACCGUUGGUGAUGUCCAUUUAUUUUCUUGUUCUAGUGAUAGCUCUCCCCUUAUGUGUCUGGGAACUCCAGAAGAAUGGGGUUCAGUUGCAUUUACAGGCCUGGUUUGUAGGCGGACUCUUUGUCAUGAUGGCAAUACCUAUCUCCCUGUGGGGGAUACUCCAGCAUUUAGUUAACUAUACUCAGCCUUUUCUACAGAGAUACAUCAUUAGAAUUUUAUGGAUGGUUCCUAUUUACGCAUUGAAUGCUUGGUUUGCACUGAGAUUCCCAGAUGAGGCAAUCUAUUUAGACACACUCCGUGAAUGCUAUGAAGCUUAUGUCAUCUACAACUUCUUUGCCUAUCUCAUGAGUUUUCUUCGAUCUGAAUUCUCAAGGCUAGAGCAUCAUCUGGAGUUGAAACAGUCCAGUGUUAAACACAUUAUUCCAUUCUGCUGUCUGCCUUCAUGGGAGAGUGGGGAAAAAUUCUUAACCCAUUGUAAACAUGGAGCAUUGCAGUAUACAGUCAUCAGACCUAUUACAACCAUCAUAGCUUUAAUCUGUGCUCUGGCAGGAGUUUAUGAUGAAGGCCACUUCAGCUUCAAGAAUGCUUGGACCUACAUAGUAGUGAUAAAUAAUGUGUCCCAGAUUGUAAGUAACUCCUUUGCAUAA